AUGGAUGAUCGCGAACGCGGUUCCUUUAUCAGCCUGCCCGACGAGCUGCUCUUGAUUGUCAUCGAGCACUGCGACACGCAAGAUGUUGCUGCCCUCAGCGGAGUGGCUAAACAGUACAGCAACAUCUGCAGACCCAUCAUCUUCCGAAAUGCUGAUCUCAGCAUACACAAUCGCGGCAAAGUCCUGUGUGUCUUUCCAAACAGUUACCAAAGCCUACCCAGCACAUGGUACGAUCCAUCUGAUAGCCUGCAAUGCAACAAUAUUCCGCCUAACAUGCAGAAGAGGCAAGAAGCCUUCCUGUCGGCUUUGAUCAGGAACCCGAGCCUGGCAGAGUAUGUCCAAACUUUCUCAUGGACAUUACUGCUUCUCGACAGCAAUCGACGGACAGAUUUGAAAAUCGAUCCGUUCGCGAUCAACAAAAGCGUGGCUUUAGAUCCAAAGAACCCUUUCAACGAGAUCUGGAAGGUCUUCGCGUCCCUGACCCGUGUCCAAACCCUCGACCUGGCCUGGUUGUCCAGACAUCUUGCCAUGCCUCUCAUCCACAGCAUCCCGUCCACCCUGUUUCCCGCCGCGACCUCGGUCCGCCUGGUCGGGGUCAUGCCGUACGCUCUCGCCGCCUCGAUCCUGCUUACGAAUCCUCAGAAUCUGCUGCACCUACACCUCGACAACCUUCAACAAAGUGGGAUAAUACCCAGCACUCAUGAUGACAAGGAUCCUGAAAUGGAUGACCCUGAAGUGGAUGAUCCUGACACGGGUGGUUCUGACAUGGAUGACGAGCCAUAUGAUACACACUACAAGGACAUGAGUAUCUUUGAAAUGUUCCACCUCGUAAUGACCGGCUCCCUCGACGAGGCGGACGAGACGGAUGAAGAUCUCCGUGAGGUUCCCACGAAAAAGGUCCGUCGGAUCAAAACCCGACCUGCAGACCCCAUCUCCACCCCAUCCCCAUCCCCAUCCCCGUUCUGA